AUGGCCAACGCCAUAGCCGCAGUUCAGGAGAGAGUCCAGGGAGCAGUCCAGGGUACAGUCCAGGGGGUGAUGGGUUCGGUGGGCCAACAGAUAUGGGACCGCCCUCCGCCCAACCCCAGCAUAUCCUUACCCGGACCUGGUAGACCCGAAGACUCAAACAAGCGCCGGCUUUUGUUGAUCUACGUCCACGGGUUCCAGGGGGAUGAGAAGACUUUCCAGGAAUUUCCGAAACAUGUCCAUGGUCUCGUGGCAGAUUUACUGACCGAAUCGCAUGUGGUAUAUACCCGCAUUUACCCCCGGUACAAAUCUCAGGGCGAGUUGCAAACAGCCGUAAACCAGUUCAGUGCCUGGCUAGCACCGCAUCAAGCAAGUGAUCUAGAUGUCAUCUUGAUAGGACACAGUAUUGGCGGAAUCCUCUGCGCUGAUGUCGCAUUAUUACAAAAUGGAAGCAGGCGAAAACAUCAAAUCCUCGGUCUUAUCGCCUAUGAUACCCCCUUCCUAGGACUUCAUCCUCGAAUUAUCAGCGACGGAAUCAAGAGCUUCUGGCCUCGCAAGGAAGAUGAAUCAGCUGAAGAGAAAAUAGCAGAAGAAGAAGAAUCCCUAGGCAUGGACCCUGCCUAUAAGCCCAAUGUGGGCAUGGAAAGGACCGUCGCGCCGGAUCCUAACUUCAAUCCCCCCUUUCGAAACGAUAAGCGACAACCCGAUCGGGGAUUUCUGGGAGGCAUGAAGCAUUUUGUGGAAAAGAAAAGACACGAUGACUGCUUCACCAAAUCAUUAUUUGAUCGCUUUGUCUCUCCUGCCAAAUUCGCCAACUGUGUCAAUAAUUAUACCGAGCUGCGACAGCGAUACCAAUCUAUCAAGGAGCUGGAAAGGCAAGAGCUCAAGCCUCAUAGACUUCGGUUUAUCAACUACUACACUGCGAGUCAGGGUCGACUGAAAGUGAAGCCUUCCAAGAAAUUAGAAGAGAAAGAGAAGGAGAAAAGUGGAAGUCCAGAAUCGACGCCGCCUUUAAGAGAGAACUCUCUCGCUCCCAGCAUGUCAGGGAGUGACGCAGCAAGCGCGAGCAUGAGUAGCCUUUCGCUUGCAGAAAAUGCAUCAUUCUCUCCCGAUCAAACAAGAGAAAUGGCCCUUUCAGAAACAACAUCUCUUUCAACCACGGACACCACGGACACCACGGACUCAGGGUCUGGCACUAAAGCUGACAAGCCUAAGAAGCCACAGAAGUUCGUGCUUCUUCCCUCUUAUCAUUGGAAGAGUGACAAUAAUAAGGGCUGGGCGCCUGUGAUGAUGGGGACAAUGGACGCAGUCGUCGCCCAUCAGUCCAUGUUUCUUCCUACAGGCCCACACUAUGACUACCUUUUGGGAGAUACUAUCGCUUUAAUUGAGAAAUGGGUCCAGGAUGAUCUCAGCCGGCGAAUGUUAGAACUUUAUGAGAGUUAA